AGUCGCGGGCCCAUUGACUGUGGUUCCGGUGGGGUCGAUCACCAGAGCGCGGUGUGUGCGUUCCUUUACAUACGGUAUUUAGAAGUUCGCUCGCGUAUCGAACGCCUGUCCCGCGCUAAAAUUUACGACAAAAAGUUUUCCGUGAUAUUGCUAACUUCGAAUUAGACAUAAAUAAUUUAUUUAUAUUUUUUAAUUGACUUACAGUGUAUUUGUGAAGUGAAAAUUAUGAAAGACGAUUUAACUUUUGCGCGCCAAUUUACGACGGUAAUAAAGUAGAUAAUUUUCCGUUUGAUAAAUACGAGUAGUGUCAUUGUGUUAUGGUUUGUGAAAUAUAGCUAACGAAUUGCAAACAUGAGGAAUAUGGGAUUAAGUGGUUUUAAACUGUUAUUUUUACUAUGUUCGGUCGCUGUCAAAGUUGAUGGAGUGCAACGAUUUGUUGAGCUGCCAACGUAUACGGAGGUGAAUCCGGGCGAAGAUGCACUGCUCAAGUGCCGCAUUUCCGAUAAGAAGGGUGUCUGCUCGUGGCAGAAGGAUAACAAGCCGGUCGGCAUAUACCGUGGCAAGUAUGAAUGGGCUAACGAGCACAGUGCCAUGGGUGGCGACUGCUCGCUGUGGGUGCGCGCGGCCACACUCCAGCUCGACGACGGACAAUGGCAGUGCCAGGUUACCGCCAGUAAUUACGACGUUCAGGACGCGCUUUCCAGUCCUCCUGCGGCGUUAGCUGUACGAGUUCCACCACAAACGCCUAGGAUCCUCUUCAACGGGUCUCACGUACUGCCAGGUCAGAACAUCACAGUGCCCGCGGGGUCCAGAGCGACCGUCGUCUGUGAAGCUAGAUAUGGCAACCCACCCGCAUAUAUUGAAUGGUACUUAGAAAAGGACCGGCUCUCUGCAUGGAGUCAAACCAACGCGUCGGAAGUAGAAAGACCGCGAGUAUGGGCGGCGCGGUCCGUGCUCGAGAUGGGCGCGACUAGAUCUGCGCACGGCAAGCAGCUGGCAUGUCGAGCGCACCAUCCUUCCUAUCCAGCACCUUACUUCCGCGACUCGUACACAAUGUUAGAUGUGACCUUUGUUCCAGUAGUUUCCAUACUUGGAGCAGAUGCAAGCGGACUCUCCAGUCUAGAAGAGGGUUCGAGUGCUUUGUCACUAGAUUGCAAAGCAGAUGGCAAUCCUAAACCUUAUGUGUGGUGGACGAAGGACGGUCAGGUCAUUGCCACUAACGGUCCCAAGCUGAUACUUGCGCCAAUUAUGAGGAACAAUUCGGGUAUCUACGGGUGUCAAGCAAGAAACUCGUUGGGGACAUCCGAUUCAGUUAAAAUUGAAAUCGACGUUAAAUUUCCACCUCGUAUUACCUGGGUUGGUCCCGACACAGUGGUUGAAGCGAACCUCUUCUCACAAGUCACUCUUGAGUGCAAAGCAGAAGGCAACCCAGCUCCAACAUAUCAGUGGUAUCAUAGUCCUGGGUCAGCAACCAUUAACAAUUUAUUGGAAGACGGCUACUUAAUAUCGUCAACUCCACAAUUGCAGCUGUACAACGUAUCUUACAAUCAGCAUGGCCAGUAUGUUUGCAUCGCUAAGAAUCUCAUUGGACUUGAAGAAAGAUCCCACCAGUCAGAACCAAUCACCCUGAAUGUGCUAGGCCCGCCUGUGGGUCCCGAUACAGCCUCGGCUCAUGGAUGGAGCGGCAAUGAAGCCAAGGUCCAGACCACAGUCUGUGCUGACCCACCACCAAGAAAGGCCUCGUGGCUUUGGGGCAGCUUGCGAUUAGAUGUACCUUCGCAUAUGGGUCGGUAUAAAGCACUAGAGACAGAGAGCGUGGACGGCUGUUACCGCUAUACACUGUCUAUAGGCAGCGCCUCGGCUGCCGACGCGAGAGUGUACGUACUGCACGUUGAGAACGAGAGGGGAUUCUCUUCUCAUGCUGUCUCUCUCACCGUGCAUGAGAAUUUUUCGCUAACAGAGACUGCACACGUGGCGCCGUUGAUCGCCGGCGCGCUCGUGAUCGCUGCUCUCCUUGUGCUGCUACUCUGCCUUCUAAUACGCUGUCGAAGGAGAAGAGAUAGCGUCGAAUACAAGACUGAUGAAUUAAACAGCGACGUAAAGGUCCUACCAGCGGACGCUGUGUACACACCGCAGCAGUCCCACGCGAGUAUGAGCAACCGUGGUGCUGGGACCGGAUACUCACAGUCGGGUCCGGGCCUGGACAUGGAGAGCUCGCGGUACUCCCCGGGCGCGCUGCAGGUGCGCCGCGCCGCCGUCGUGCUGCAGCCACCCACCACCGUGUGAUGAGCGCACAGGCAAAUUUAGCGUCGUUGGAAAGAGAAGCCAAAGAAAACGUAUACGCGGUGUUGGAUCCGCAUAUACAAUACGAUAUAACUAUAAAUAAACACGGGGAGCCGCCGAAGUAUUUAUCACUUUCCAAGCCCUUAACUCACCAAAGAACUCACGCUUUUGAUCCAUGUUACUUUGCAAACGACAUUAACAACAAUAAUAACAAACUAUCCACAUUCAAACCUGGACACAGAAAAUCAGAUAGGAGCCACAGAAGUAAAAGUAGCAAUAACAAGAAGAAUUACGUUUGCAGGAGUAAUAUUGAUAUAGAAUAUUCCAAAGAUCCCUUAUUUGGAAUGGUAAGAGGCACUGAAAGCAAAUACAUGGCUAACGCUUAUGCUCGUAGUAGUAGAAAUAAUGUAAAUAGGAUGAAAUCAACAGAAGAAAGAAAAAACACAGAAACAGUAAAAGAAGUGUUUGUUGAAAAGGAUUUCACUAAACCAUAUCCAAAAAGGACAUUGAAUCAUCUUGAUAAAAAUACAGAUAAGCAAACGCCAACAGAAACGUUACAAAACAACAAAAUGGAAAGUGUUAGUGAAAAGCAAGUAUUUAAGCAUAGUAAAGAAGAUAUAGUGGAAGACUGUAGACCGCGGCCCGGAAAAGUAAGAGAGAUUGCGUCGAAGUUUGACAAAAAUAGCAAAGACUGCGCGCAAUCUAUACAUUUCAGGAAAGAGAGACCUAAACCGAUUCAGAGUUAUGGUCAUCAAGCGUAUCUGGAUUAUGUAUUUCCAGAUGCUGUAGAAAUUUAGAUUUUAAAACUUUAACAUGCAUAUGUGUGUUUGUAUAAUACAUGACAAAGACAACUACCUAGAUCUCUUUAGUGUUAGGAAAUAUGAAUAAAUCAGGUUUUUAUAACAAUUUGAAUAUGCUGUUCGUACAUUUUAGUGAAAACACUUUUCCGGUAGUGUUUGCACAGAAUUUUGUAAAUUUUUAUCAACUCUUUUCUAAAAUCGCUUCUACAUUAAUACUAAUUAUAUUUAACAUACAUUUUAUCAAUUUUAAAGCGUCUGCAUCAAAAUAUAUCUAUUCAUAUUUUCUCAUUGUUUUAUUACAGAAUAAUGUGUACUUAAAACUGCAUUUACCUAGGUUGUAAUUUUUCCGCUUCCUUUAUCUAUAUUUCGUUAGUUAAUGUUUAUUUCAUUAUGUAAAUAGUUUCUAUAUUGUAUGUUUUAAUUGUUGAAUUUUAACAGUAUUAAAACUUGUAAUUGAUG